GAUCUGAAUGCAAUGGAACAUGUUCAGUCGGAUGCAGAAAUAAUUCUUGUAAUCACGUGACUGGUCAUUGUGAGGGAUGCCGUGCGGGAUGGAUGGGAUAUGAUUGCAAUGAAACCUGUAGUUAUGGGACAUACGGAGAAAAUUGUAAAAGGAAUUGUAGCAGAAACUGUGCGAAGCAGGAGUAUUGUAACAAAGAAAGCGGGGAUUGCGAUGACGGAUGUGCACCGGGUUAUAGAGGCUCUAAAUGUGAAAAAGAAUGUGAUUUUGGUACAUAUGGUGCAGAUUGUGUAGAACUCUGCAGUGGAAAUUGUCAUAAAAAUAAAACCUGUAAUAGGGUUUAUGGAGAAUGUAUGGAUGGAUGUAAAGAGGGUUUUCAGGGAACACUUUGCAAUGAGAUCAUAAAUUGA